CACAUGGACAUGUACCUCCAUUUUUUUCUGGCUUCUUCCCUCUUUUUUGGAGUGAUUAGUUCCAAUCCAAUCCCAAGAAGGCUUUUUGGGGAGAUUAGAUCCCCCAAUUAUCCUAGGCCAUAUCCCAACAACAACAUCAGCAACUGGGAUAUCUUCGUUCCAAAAGGCUACAUGGUGAAGCUGACCUUCAGACAUUUUGACCUGGAGCCAUCUGAGUCUUGCUUCUAUGACUAUGUUAAGAUCACAGCAGACAAGAAGAACCUAGGCCGAUACUGUGGCCAGGUGGGGUCAACCACAGGCAAUCAUCCUGGAAUAAAGGAGUUUUUAUCUAAGGGGAACAGGAUGCAUCUGGCAUUUCACUCUGAUUUCUCCAACGAAGACCAUGGCACAGUCAUUCCAUACAAGGGCUUCCUGGCCUAUUACCAAGCUGUGGAUCUAGAUGAGUGUGCCCCUAACAAUGCUGCUGAGGAAGAUGAGAGGCCUCUAUGCCAGCAUUUCUGCCACAACUAUGUGUCUGGCUACUUCUGUUCUUGCCGGCCUGGCUAUCAGCUUCAGAGUGAUAAGCACUCUUGCAAAGUUGAGUGCAGCAGUGAGUUGUUCACAGAGCUAUCUGGGUACCUGAGCAGCCCUGAGUACCCCCAGCCCUAUCCUGAGGACCUCCGGUGUAACUACAGCAUCCGUCUGGAGAAGGGACUAUCUGUCAUUCUCAAAUUCUUGGAACCCUUUGAGAUUGAUGAACACCAGCAAGUCCACUGUCCUUAUGACCAGCUCAAGAUCCAAGUGAAAGGGAAAGAAAUUGGCGAAUUCUGUGGCAGGGCAUCACCUGGAAUUAUUGAAACCAGAAGCAAUGAGGUGGAUAUACUCUUCCUCACUGAUGAGUCAGGGUUUAGCCGUGGCUGGAAGAUCCACUACACCUCAGAGAAAAUCCGGUGUCCACAGCCUGUGCCACAGGAUCAGUUUACUAUCAUCAGAGACCUGCAGCCUGUGUAUCGAUUUCAGGACUAUUUCAUUGUCAGCUGCGAGACUGGAUAUAACCUUAUGCAGGACAAUCAGAAGCUUCUGUCUUUCACUGCGGUCUGCCAGGCUGAUGGGACAUGGCAUCAAUCUAUGCCCCACUGUGAAAUUGUGAACUGUGGCAAACCUACAGAACUCACCAAUGGGGCAAUCAAUUAUGUUACCAAAGCCGAAAGCAACAUCUACCAGUCAGUUAUCACAUACAAGUGCAAUGAGCCAUACUAUCACAUAGUCACCAGAAAAGGAGGUGACAGAUUCGUUUGCUCCCCUGAGGGAGCCUGGGUGGAUCAAGAUGGCCAAGUGAAGACUCCUGUCUGUUUGCCAGUGUGUGGCAAGCCGGUCAAGCCUGUUACUGAAUUCCAAAGGAUAUUGGGUGGCCAUUCAGCAAAGCAGGGCAACUUCCCUUGGCAGGCUCUGACUAGAAUCCACGGACGUGCAGGUGGCGCACUCCUGGGUGAUCGCUGGAUCUUGACUGCUGCCCACCUCUUCUUGCCCAAAGGUGCAGGAGAGGUCAAUAUAAGCCUGGAUGAGGUGGCAGAGGAUGUUGAGGUUUUCCUUGGCCACACAGUGGUGGACGAGCUCCGCAAGUUGGGUAACCACCCUGUACGCAGGAUCUUUAUCCAUCCAGACUACAGCACUAAAGAUGAUUACAACUUCAAUGGAGACAUUGCAUUGAUAGAGUUGAAACACCCAGUAACCCUGGGCCCCAACAUCCUGCCCAUCUGUCUCCCAGAUGCUACCAACACAUCAUUCUAUAUGGAUGGGCACAUGGGCUAUGUGAGUGGCUUUGGUGUGGAAAAAAACUUCAUUGCAAACCACUUGAAGUAUGUGAGGUUGCCAGCAGUUGCCCGGAAGGAGUGUCAGAGAUGGUUAGAUAGUUUGAACAGUGAAACACCUAUGGUUUUCUCUGAGAACAUGUUCUGUGCUGGCUCCCUCCUAGACAAAAAGGAUACCUGCCAGGGGGACAGUGGGAGUGUCUACACAGUAUUUGAUACAGCAAGCGGUCAAUGGACAGCUACAGGCAUUGUUUCUUGGGGCAUUGGCUGUGGCCAAGGUUAUGGUUUCUACACCAAGGUCCUCAACUAUGUGGACUGGAUCAAAGACAUAAUGAGGGAGGAUAGGCUCUGAAUGUUGCUGUCCUAUGAGCUGAAGAAUCACUGGUAUCAUAGGUUUCCAGACACAGCAAAUCCUUUUUGAAGCUCUUGAUGAUGUCUUAGAGGCUUCUCAAACACACAAACCAUGUCAGCUUCAUCAUGAACACUUCGGAAAGCCAUCACAUUGAUUGAUGAAUUAUUGGUGAUAUCAAAUCUUGCCAAAGCUGCUGUCUCAUUGGCUGAAGCCUUUGUGGACGUUCUAAUUCUUUCAAAUACAAUUUUACUACUUG